AUGAAGUACCUCGCUGCAUACGCCUUGGUCAGUCUUUCCGGGAAGACACCCUCAAAGACAGAUGUCGAGGCUGUCCUGAAGGCUGCCAGCGUGCCGGUUGAUGCCUCACGCCUGUCCGCUCUCUUCGACGAACUGGAGGGCAAGGACUUUGAUGCUGUGUGCAUGGAGGGCAAGGCGAAGCUGGUGGGUGGAGGCGCUGGUCCUGCUGCCGCCGGUGGUGCUGCUGCUGCCCCUGCUGCCGCUGCCCCCGCCGCUGCUGCCCCUGCCGCUGCUGAAGAAGAAGAAGAUGACGAUAUGGGCUUUGGUCUCUUUGACUAG